AUGGCGGGCAGAAAAUCAAAUAUUUUAAAGUCGCGCAAUGACACAGUUUCGAAACCGAAGCAAAAGAGAAAAGCAAGCAAAGGUCUAAAUGCACUUGCUAUUGCGGAACACCAAUUCCCGACCAAAGCAAAAGUUCGAGCCCAUCGGUACGGUGAAGUCGAAGAUAUUCCUAAGCGUAGGAGAAACGAUGAAGAAGAAGAUGUUCCCGAUACGAAACGUCGCAGGACAGACGAAGACGGCGCGUCCGAAGGGGAUUACGGAAGUGAUAGUGAAGGUCAUGAAUGGAAAGUAGGCCAGGUCGAUAGCGAGGACGAUAGUGACAUCGACAGUGAUGAGGCAUUGGGUAGUAGUGACGAAGAGCGUUUUGAAGAUUUCACUUUCCGCGGGAGCUCUUCCAAACCGAACGCCAAAUCCGUACGAAAAUCUAAAACUGUCAAGCGCCAGAAAAUCGAUCUCUCCGAGGGUUCUGAUCCUGAUGCCGAUGCUGACUCAGACCAAGAAGACUAUGACGAUGAUUUGGGAGAAGAAGCAGUGGACUUGGCUACUGCUUGGGACCUCAAUGGGGAGGACAAUGAAGACGAUGACAAGGUCUCGGCUAAGACAUCCAAAAAAUCUAAAAAACCACAGUUGGUUGAUGGGUUCUCGGAUGAUUCCGGCUCCGAUAGUCUUGGAGAGGGCAGUAGCGAAGAGGAAGAGAGCGACAACACCGAUAUAUCUAUGUCCGAUGAUGAGGAAGACGACAAGGGGGAUGGGCUUUCCAAGCUUCAAGAUUUCGUCAGCUCUCUGGCAACCAAAAGUGCCGGAGCAACGUCUCGGCAACGAAAGGUCCAUGGUCAGGAGAAUGCUGUUCCAACAGAAUAUGGACUGACUUCCACUCGAAAAUUGAACGUGUCUGAUCUCUUGUCUUCCGUGACGGAUUCGCGGCUCAAAGGGUCCUUGAAGCAUCUAAGCUCAACUUCCACAGCUCAAGGUGUCAAGUCAAGCGCCCCGGGAAAGCUGACUGCACCUUUGGCUAAAAGGCAGCAAGAUAAGAUAGAUCGAGCUGCAGCCUACGAAAAGAGCAAGGAGACAUUGAAUCGAUGGAUAGAUACAGUGAAAGCAAACCGGGAAGCCGAACACAUCUCAUUUCCUCUACCUAACCCAUAUGAGCAACAAGUUGCCAGGCUUGGGCCAGUUGAACCCAAGACAGAUUUGGAAAGCACGAUCAAAUCAAUCCUCGUUGAAAGUGGUCUAGCGACUGAUGAGAAAUCUGCCGAGAAGCAGUUCCAGGCAGCCGAGGAGUUGGAAACUCGCAAAAUGUCACUUGAGGAAGUCCGUGCUCGAAAUUCAGAACUUCGAAAACGUCGCGACCUGCUUUUCAGGGAAGAAGUUCGAGCAAAGCGGAUCAAGAAAAUCAAGAGCAAAUCAUAUCGUCGUGUUCACCGGAAGGAGCGCGAAAAGCUGGAGGAAGUGGAAAGGCAGGCUUUGAUCGAUGCUGGCAUUGAUCCUGAUGAACAAGAAAGGGAACUAUAUGACCGCCGGCGAGCAGAGGCCAGAAUGAGCACAAAGCACAGGGACAGCAAAUGGGCAAAGAGCAUGAAAGAAACUGGGCGUACGGCCUGGGAUGAAGAUGCCCGUUCCAGUAUGCAUGAUAUGGCCAGGAGAGACGAGGAGUUGCAGAGACGAAUUGAAGGGCGAAACGUCAAGGCAGACGGUGAUGACUAUCUAGGGUCGUCAAGCUCAGAAUCGGAAGAUGACCAUGACGAAUGGGAUGAAGAAGCUGAUUCAGAUGUCGAGGCGCGAAUUCUCAAUAAAGAUCUAGAUGCUCUCAACGAUUUUGAUGAUUCGGGAUCAACUGGGCCGCAUUCGAAAUUGAUGGCCAUGAGUUUCAUGCAAAAGGCCGAAGCGGGACGCAAACUACAGAAUGAUGAAGAGAUUCGAAGAUUGCGUCGCGAAAUCAAUGGGGACGAAGGAGAUCAGUCUGAAGAGGAAGAAGGAGGUCGAAAGAAAUUUGGCGGUUCCAAACCAACAGAAAAACAGAGUCUAGCUGACACUCGCAAGAAAAAUGAGUUUGAGGAAACCGUCGCUUCCGAUGACGAAGACCUUGGCACUGAAACUAUAGAUAUGCAGGAGCAUGGUACCAGCAAGCACACCAAAGGAAGCAGCAAAACAAAAGGAAGCGUUGUCGCCAAAUCCGACAAAACGGGUGUAUAUAGGCCAGCUAUGAGAGAUUCAGACAAAGAAGUUGAAAACCCCUGGCUGGUACAAAAUACUCGAGCAAACAGGAAACGUCAAGUCAAUAACAUUGACGAGACUAUAAACAUUUCUGUUGGUGAUCAGGAACAAGCGACUGUGAGCAAUGCUAGCAAGGUCUCGGGGGUACAGAAAUCACAAAAAGCCAACAACCUAAAUUCUCACAACAACACUCAAGCCAAUGGAUUGGACAGUGGCAGUGAUGAGGAAAAUGCCCCGGUCUUACUCACAAAUCACGAUCUCGUCAAGAGAGCGUUUGCUGGAGAUGAUGUUGUAGAAGACUUUGAGCGAGAAAAACAAGAGACUAUCGAGGAAGAAGGUGACAAAGUCAUUGAUAACACUCUACCUGGCUGGGGUAGCUGGACCGGUGCUGGUAUCAGCAAAAAACAGCAAAAGCGCCAGAAGAAGUUCCUCACUAAAGUCGAAGGCAUCAAACCAGAGCAGCGCAAGGAUGCGAGACUUGGACAUGUUAUCAUCAACGAGAAGCGAGUCAAGAAGAACGUGAAAUAUAUGGCCACACAACUUCCACAUCCCUUCGAGAACAGACAGCAAUACGAGAGAUCUCUCCGUCAGCCCAUUGGUCCUGAGUGGUCUACUUCAGACACUUUCCACGAGUCUACCAAGCCUCGUGUGCUUAUCAAGCAAGGCAUUAUCAGACCCAUGCAACGGCCUCUUAUUUGAGCCAGUGUAUUGUUUGAGUGUCGGGGAAAGCUACCAGUCGUCGGUUUUGUUCUGUAUAUAUGUAUAUACCCUGGUGCAGUGCACACUUCAAUUUCUGGUAGGAUAGUCAAGGCCUGUCCAGUUGCUUAUGCAGGCGCGCAGACGAGAUGAAUUCACUGUUCCUAUGGCCCACUCUCUCCUCUAGUGCCUAAUAUCUUGAGUGUCUUGCGCAUCCGUGAUAUGCCCUAACAACUGUACAGAAGGCCGUCCGAACUAGCGCUACAAUACAAUA